AUGCCUCCAUGGGCGGCCACCCCCGUGCUCCUCCUCCUGCUGCUGCUCGUGCAGGGGAGGGGAGGCCACGGCGCCAUCACCAUAGCCGGCCUCGACAUGGACAUGGACAUGGGGGUGGAGGCGCAGAUGGGCUCGGAGGCGGCGCACGGGCGGCUGCUGUGGGCGACCGGCGGCGGGCGGAGGUACAUCAGCUACGACGCGCUGCGGGGGGACGCCGUGCCCUGCUCCCGGCCGGGCGUGCCCUACUACAACUGCCGCGUGAGCACCACCGCCAACCCCUACACCCGCGGCUGCGAGUCCAUCACCCGCUGCCGCGACGACGACCCUUCCUAG